AUGCUACUAAUAUUCGCCGGUGAAUAUACAAAGGCGAUGAACAAAGAUUGGCACAGCGACCAUUUUUGCUGUUGGCAAUGCGAUCAGACACUUACCGGACAAAGAUAUAUUAUGCGAGAUGAGCAACCGUAUUGCAUCAAAUGCUACGAAGAUGUGUUCGCAAAUCAAUGUGAUGAAUGUGCAAAACCGAUUGGAAUCGAUUCAAAGGUGAGGCGAUAA